AAAUUGAUGGGCAAUUUAUGUUAGAAAGAAUAAAAUAAAAUGUACUUUGAUCAAUCAUCGAUAUACUAUGAGCCAAGAAAAGGUAUAUGCAUAAAAGAAAACUUAAUCAGCAAAUAUUUAUUGAACUAAUAGCAAUCUCUAUUAGUUCCUAAUGUAAGUAGAUUGAUCAUCAAAGAAGAAUUGGGUUAUGAGAAUGAAGAUUAAAAAAUAGAAGAAAGUAGUCAUAAGAUUAGUCAUUUUACUUAAUGUACAUCUAAUUAAAACCUGAGGGAAAGUUGUAUUAAUAAUAACACAAUUUAAUUAAUGAAUAUAAGUACUGAGAGAUUUCUUCAUUCUCAUCGAAUAAGAUAUCAAAAUUCUCGAUUGAAUGAAGUUUUAUGUUGUUAAGAAUGCCAUAAUGAAUAUGAUAAUUGGGUAUUUGAAAAUAUUGAUGAAAAUGUAGUUAAAGUAUUUAAAUAUUGAUUUUAACUUUUAGUUAUAUCAUCCAUUAACAAAAUGUUAUUUAAAAGCUCAAUAAAGAAGUAGUAAUGGAUAGAUUGAAGUAGGAGGAAGUGAUGAAGGGGAUUAUUGGUAUAUUGAAAAAAUAGGUGACAAUAUAAGUAAAUAAAUUUAAAAUUCAUAACCUGUCUAGAAAUUAAACAUUAAAACACUGGGUACUAUUUACAAAGUAAUGUAAACUAAUCUAAUGUUGAAAGUUAGUCAAAGCUUUCAUUAUUAAAAAUAGAUUCUGGUAAACCGAAUGAAAAUUAAUGUCUUUGGAAGAUAAUUGAAAUUUGA